UAUUUAAAGAGCCAGAACUCCCGCUGCUCCAAGUUUUGAUCUUCGUUCCAUCAUCAUUCUACAACUUCAUUCAUCGCAACCAAACACUCAAACUAACUAGAUCCUCAGAUCCUCACACACCGUCAACAUGGUUAACGUCAGCCCUCUUGCCUUCGCGGCUUUCACCAUGAUUACCAGCGUCGCCGCUCAUAAGGACAAGCAGCCACCUGCUCAGAGCCCUCCACCAGUGUACCCGAGCCAAGCUCUCGGCAACCCGCUCUUGGCCCUCGCCUUUGCGGAGAAUGGAAACCCCGGCGCCUUCGAUACCGCCUACAAGCUGCCGCAGGGCAGCGUUGAAGCUUGCCUCGACUCCUUCUACCAUGGCGACGAUAAAAUACAGUUCGACGUCGGCUCCAACUUCGUCGUUGUCAACAACGCUCCUGGUGUCUGCACCACCCUCGUUCGUGAGGCCAAUGACCUCCAUGAGAGCCAGGGUGUCACACAGGAGAGAUUCGCCGAGCUUGUUGGCGAGAACUCGAUCCGCCUCAAUAGUUGCAGCGCCGAGGAUGUUGAGUUCCUCGCAGCUCUUGAGACCACCCAUUUUGACGUCCGCGUCCUCUAGAUUAGAGAAUCGAUGUUAUUCAGCGGUGACCGCAGCGAUGGGGGUCGGUACCAACUUUAGAUUGUCGGAGGAAGCGGUAGACGGCAUAGGAUUUGAGGCAGAGUCAAUUACUGCUAACCGGCAAUGGUGUCGGUUCAAUUGGACAAAUUACGCU